AUGUCAUUAUUGUCUAAAUUGGAUGUCAAUUUAGAUCAAUUUCAUUAUCCAUCCAAGGAGGAAAAUAUAAUUAAUCUUCACUUAAAUCACAAUUCAGAUAACAAUAGUUUUACAUAUACGGAUGGCAUUGAAAAUGAAGAUGAUAUAGAUUUGGAUUUAGAAUUAGAGGAAUCUAUAUCCAAUCCGAUUAGUAAAUGUACGUCUAAUACAAUUUCUCAUGACUUUAAUGAAAAUUAUCUAUGUGAUUAUUCAAACAUAAUUAGCUUAAUCAAUGGUCAAUAUAUUUCAUAUCAGUUAUCUCAUGAUUUUAGUACAAUAACUAUAUCUCCAUUAUCAGACCCUCGAUUAGGGAAAACAAUCAAUAUAUUCCUGCCAUCCAAAUCUAUUAAUAGACAGCAUACAAUAAACUUUAAAGAAGACAUUACAUCAAGCAUGCUAACAGUGAGCAUUAUUUUAAAAAAUGGUCAAUUCUUGUUUAUUGAAUUACCAAUUGAAUAUAUCUUAAACAAAAAUGACAACUCAUUAAAUCUAAAUAAUUAUUUUAAACUUUUAAAGCCUUAUGACUUUACAAUUCGUAUUCCAAAUUUAAUGCAUUCCAUAUUGGGAAAUCAAUUUUUAAUUGUAUUUGAAGAUGGUGGUCUUUUAAAUUUAAAAUGGACUAAUAACUUGGAAAUGGAAUGCUUUUUAUUUAAUGAUAACUCUUAUCUUAAAAGCUUAACAAAUUAUUUUUCAAGAAAGAAAACUGAUUCUGAAUUGAACAGAGCUGUUAGUUGUUUAAUUUAUCAAGACAAAAUUUUACUUAUUCUAACAAAAGGCUGCCAAUUAAAGAUAUGGGAUUUGGAAAAAUUUACUUUACUUAAUCAAUAUGAUCUUUCACAAGGCAAUAAUUUAACUGAUUCAAUUCCAACAAGAUCAUUUGAAAAUAUUGGCAAAUAUUUAAUUAACUACCAAGAUAUUUUAAUCAUCUUUUUGCCAUUUGCGAAUGGUGUUUUUCAAAUUGGUAAACUAGAGGUAAACAGUGAGAUAAAUUCCCCACUCUCCUUGACUUUUGAAUCUAAAAAUAUUAUUCCGGCAAAAUUAUCGACCACUUCAAUUUGGUCAUUAAUUGAUAUUCAAUUAAAUAAUACAUUAGAGUUGAAUCAUGAUUCGGAUGAAAGUUUUUUAAACUUAGUUAUAUUGUGGAAGAGUGGUAAUUUGAAUAAAUUGCAAAUAUUAAGUAUAAAUAAUACUAAUUUUAAAAACUAUGAAUGGAUUGAAAGUAUAAAUAAAACCAUUAAUGAUCUAGAAAUUGAAACUUUUAUCGCAAAUCAAAAUUCAAAUAAACGAAAUAGUAGUGAAAAAAUUUAUAACCCAGUUGAAAAGUUAAAAAAAUAUUAUUCAGAUGAAAUUGUGGAGUAUGCAGAAAAUUUUCUAAGCGCAAAUAAUAUUACAAAUGAUGAUAAUAACCUUGAUAAACAAAGAGAAUACUUCGCUAAUUUGGCUACAAUUUUAAAGGAUUUAAAAGUAAGCUGUGAUGAAGGUACUUCAUUGACUAUCUACCAAGAUGACAUUAUUUUAAUUAAUACUGCAAGAAAAUGGAACUAUGGUAUAUAUAAAAUAAAUGUGUCAUUAGAAAAUAUGUACUACAAUAUCUACAAUAAAACUGGUAAUGAAAAUGAAAUUAGCCGAUAUCUAAGAGUAAUUAAUGGUUUUGUAAAAACUUUACCAAGUGGUAUUUUACCAAAAAUAUCAGAAGAGUUCAUAGAAUUAUCUUCUAAAAAUAAAUUCAAACAAAAUUCAAGCGCCAAUGAUGUUACAACUGAAAUGACUAAAAUAUUUAAAGAACAAUUAGAAGGAAAAUUCGAACUUGGUAACUUACAACUUUUGUUUAAUGAGCUUGAAACAUUUGAUAAUAUCGUAGAGGUUUUAAACAAUUUAAUUGGUAAUUAUUUGAUUCCAUUGAACAGGCAAUUAUCCUCAAGUAUUGAUUCCGAAAAUCAUAUGUUAAUUGAUAGCAUAAUUCCAGAUGAUUUCAGCAAAAGUAUUAUCGUGGAAAGCUUAAAUCAAUUGAUUAAUAUUCAAAAUGCAUUUAUUUUACAAAUAUUAAUUACCUUCACAUUUCUAGAGUUUUCUGAAGAAUAUUUAUUAAAGCAAAUUGAGAAAUUGAUCCAAAUAUAUAGUAAACAAAAGAUUUUUAUGAGAUUGUAUGAAAUAAACAAGGGAUUAUUAAUCGAUGAAGUAUUCCAGAUUACCAGCAAAUAUGGUAAGGGGAUUAAAAUUAGUUCAUAUGGUGAAUUGUUCUAUUAUUUAGAAGUGAUCAUUAAUAAUAGCAUAAUAAACUACCCAAAAACGUUUAACCCAUUCAUAAUGAAGUUUUUUGAAGCCUAUGUCUUAUGUACCAAUAGUGAGCAUAAUGAUUAUAUCAUUAUUAAUGAGUUAUUAGAAACUAUAAUCAUCCCAUUUUCCAAUGAUAAUAAUUUAGUAGACAACUUAUUAAUUGGAAUGAAUGAAUUCCAAUGCGGUGAUAAAUAUGAAAAAUCAUUCUUUAAAUUUACUGAAUUUAAAGAUGUUCGAAAAUUAAAAGAUAUAUUACCUGAAUGUUUAAGGAACUUAUCAGAAAAUGAAUUUACCAGCACUUGGAAACCUCUAAUUGAAUCAUUUAGUGAAGAAAAUUAUCAAUCAAAAUAUAUGUAUGAAUUAUCUUGUUUAUUCACACAAGUUAAUCAAUUUGAGUUUGGUCUAAAAUGCAUUAAGGAAUCUAUUGGAAUUUCUAUGACUUCUAUUGAAAUUGAUGAACCAUUGAACUUUAAACAAUUACAAUAUAAGCAAUAUUUGGAUAUUUUGAUGAAGUUCAAUCUAAAUGUUGAAAUUAUUGAAGUACUAAAAUCUAGUUCGGAAUAUUUGAAUACUGAAAUAAGAUCAUCUUAUUAUAAGACCUUGUUACUAAAUUACCCAGAUUUUUUUUCCACAUUGCUAAAACUGUGUAGGGGCCAUAAUAAUGAUGGGUUGUAUUUACCUUUGGAAGAUUAUGAAAUUGUUGAUAGUAUUUUAAUUUCUAGUAUAGACUCUAAUUCUCUACAACAGCAUUACCCAGUAGAGAAGUUAUGGUCUAAAUAUAAAAAAAUAUACUGUCUGCGUAUAGUAAAUAAUAGAGAAAGAAGUGCUGCUGAGAUAUUAAUGGAGUUUGCUAGUCAGCUUAACAAUGAUAUUUUGUUACAGAAGAAAUGUUUAUUAAUUGUAAGCAAUAUCUUGAAUACAUUUGAUCAUGAAGAUGAUAAAUGGCUAUUAAAUUCAGAAGGUGAAAUUAUAACAUAUCAAGAUAUUUCUUCGGCUAUAAAUAAGAUUUAA